AUGCCUAAUCUUGCUAAUGUGCUAGUCUCACCAUCAUCACCAUCAUCAUUGUCCACUGAUCCUAACCUACUACCUUCACAAUCCAUCAAUGCAAGUGAACAAUCUUCAUCUACAUAUAUCCCUGUGGCUCCUGAGGUUCCAAUUAAGAACUCUAUGGUCUCUGGGGUUCAAUUUGAAAGUAUUCCAGCAGUGUUAUCUAUUCCUCAAUUGAAUUUGCAUCCAAUGCAAACCAGAUCUAAGAGUGGGAGAUAUAAGGCUCGAUUGGUGGCAAAAAGAUUCAAUCAAGAGGAAGGCAUCGAUUAUGGGGAAACAUUCAGCCCAGUUAUUAAGCCAACAACUGUGAAGAUUGUGUUGGCUAUGGCAGCUUAUUUUGGGUGGAAUUUGAGACAACUCGAUGUCAAGAAUGCAUUUCUGCAUGGAGUAUUGCAGGAAGAGGCCCCUAAAGCCUGGAAUGACAGGUUUACAAGUUUUUUGCCAUCACUUGGUUUAAAAACAACUAAUGCAGAUCCAUCUUUAUUUGUGAAACAGUUUGGCUCUUCUGUUGUAAUAUUGCUUCUCUAUGUGGAUGACAUUAUCAUCACUGGGAAUGCUCCAAGCUUGAUUGAUGAUGUGAUUGUUGCCUUAACAAAGGAGUUUGACAUAAAAGAUUUAGGUCAUCUGCAUUUCUUUUUGGGAAUUCAGGUUAUUUCACAAAAUGAUGGUUUGGUUUUAUCACAUGAAAAGUAUGUUAAUGACCUCCUCACAAAAACUGAAAUGCUUGAUUCCAAGCCUUGUUCAACUCCUUAUCUACCUUAUAAUCGAUUAGUUCUUGAUGAUAGGAAACCUUAUAAUAAUCCAGCUUUUUAUAGAAGUGUGGUUGGUGCCUUACAAUAUCUAACAUUCACUAGGCUGGAUAUAGUCUUUGCCAUGCAUCAGGUAUGUCAGUUCAUGCAAACUCCCAUGGAAUCUCACUUUAGUGCAGUCAAAAGGAUACACAGAUAUCUAAAAGGUAUUAUCCGUUUGGGUAUUCGGUAUGUUCGAGGAGGAUUAGAAGUUAAUUCAGACAUUGUCAGAGCAUUUUUUGAUACUGAUUGGGCCGGAGACCCAAAUGAUCAAAGAUCUACUACUGGUUUUGUGAUAUUUUUGGGUUCAAAUCCGAUCUCGUGGUCCUCUAAGAAGCAAUAA